AUGGGAUUUGAAUGUACCUUCUUUCAACCACAGAAGAAGCGCGGACCAACCGGGCAUCGCGUGUCGCAAAUUCGACAGCAGCAGACGCUGCCAUCCCCUCAAGAAGAGGCCAUUCCCAAAGCGAGUUAUCAAUAUACUCCGACCUCUACCGUAGAGUCAGGGCAGGCCCCUUUGCCGGGAGCUCCUUGGACCCCCACUCAUGGCCCAGUCACCAUGCCCCUGGAGGGGGCCGGCGGAUUGGCGCCAGCUCCACCCACUUCCAUGGGCACCGCUUGGGGAACAGAUACCCAAUCGAUGGAUUCGCACAGCAGCGGUGCUGUCGGCUGGAAUGAGCGAAAUGACGUGGAGUAUUGGCUGCCAGAUAAUCUGAACUCGCAAAUCCCCGUCUUUGAAUAUCCCGGAAGCAAUGUCUAUCUCAAAUCAUCACUCCCAUCCAUCAUCCAGCCGGUGCCUGAUGCGGCCAUUGGAAUGCCGCAGGAGCCGCAGCCACAGCCCAUGCAAUAUUCGCCCUCGCCCAAUGUAAGCUCCAUGCAAUCGGACACAGAAUCCGAGGCACCCUGGCCGUCAACGAUCAGUGAAGCGAACAUGAUCCCAUGGAUUGAUGUGUACUUUGAUCGCUUACAUCCAACCAUCCCCGUGCUCAGUCGGUCGUCGUUGUACACCUCAAUGUUGGCCCAGGAGCACCGCAAGAAUCCUCAGUUUGGCGCGAUGCUGCUUUCGCUCUGUGCCUUUUCACUCACGCAGCCGAUUGAGAUUGAUGAACGGCCGACAACCUCUUCUCGCGCUCUGCAGGCCCGCGCCAUGAUGAACGAGGCCACGAAGAUGCGGAGCUGCUCCGACUUCGGCGAGAACCCGACGAUUGAAGCCGUGUUGACCAGUUUCUUCCUCUUCGGGUGUUUGUUCGGGAGCAACCAGCACAAUGCAGCGUGGCUUCGGAUGCGGGAAGCUUUAGAUCUCGCAGCCACCCUCGGUCUCAAUGACCCGGAGUCAUAUCAUGAUUUACCGGGCGAGGAAAAGGGCCAGCGAUUGCGCACAUACCUCGUUCUGUCCAUCACAGAAAGGGCCUACGCCUUGCAACGGCGUCAUCCAAUCACGUUCUGGGGCAAGCCCGGCUUCACCAUGCGAUCAGUACACGACUUCAUUCACAGCGCCACGCACAGUGUCGUAUCUGGCAUCAUAGUGCACAACGAAAAAGACGCCGAAGGCAUGAUGGGUCUUGCACGAAUGAUGGAGCUCUUCGAUGCAAUUGACGAAGAUGUCAUCGAUUGCUGGAACCGCCGAUGUGAUGGCACCAACGGCUACUGUCAGCGGCUCACGGAAGCCAAAGCGCUUUCUAUCCAUCAAAAUCUCGGUCGAAUCAACCAAGCCGAACGAUACCGCGGGUAUGACUGGUUUGAGCGCGCCAAAGGAGGCCGUGGCGAAAGUAGCAACGUCAUACUGGCCAUGGGAUUGCGAGAAACCCAAGCUGCGGACGUCUUCAUCACGCAGAAGUGGUUGCAAAACCGUGUUUGGCUUCUUUCCUCAACACACGGUCUAUUGGCAGCCCACUCCGAACGGCCAGAGUUGACGUUUGGCUAUGCUGUAAGCAUUGCAGAAUCGACGCUGCAGCUGUGUCAGUCAUUACGGCUCAGUUCUAUGGAAGCUCACGGGAUUGGCCUGCUAUAUGACAUCGCCAUAUGUGCAACAAACAUACUUUGCAACACUAGCCCGCCUCUCGGCGGGACCUUGAACAUGCCUGUCAACUACAACGAAACGAUCCCCCCAGGCACCACCUCCACACCACACAGUCUCGCCGAAGACUUCUUGUUACUGAUGACCAGUUUCCGAGGCGGGAACCAUCCCUACUUGGAAAAGUAUCGAGCUCAUCUCCGAUCCCUGCAAAUCAUGGAACCACCUAAACCCGAGUGGGCGCAGCGAUGA